AUGGACAAACUUAAAGAAAAAAUCAACAACUUGAAGCUUGAAUCCGAAAAAUGGAUGGAGAAAGCUGAUGAGCAUGGAUCUCGUAUCAAGGACUUGGAACAAGAAAACCUUGAAAAAGACCAUUCCAUUCAAUCUUUGACCGUCAAGAACGAAAACUUGGAAUCCGAAGUUGAAAAACUUGAAGAGCAAUUGACCGAAUUGAAGACUCAUGCCGAGGAAUCCACUUCUUUAAAAACCAACAAUGAAAACUAUACUAAGAAAAACCAAUUAUUGGAAGAAGAAUUGGAAGUCUCCGAUAAGAACUUGAAGGAAACUACUGAAAAAUUGAGAGAAGUUGACAUCAAAGCUGAACAAUUGGAAAGAAAAGUUGCCAGUUUGGAAUCGGAAAAGGAUGAUUUGGAAAAGAAGUACGAGGAAUUGAAUGAAAAAUACCAGGCUGCCAAAUCUGAGUUGGAAGAAAUCACCGCUCAAUUGGAAGCUAUCUGA